AUGUUUUCCAUUCCACGAUCCUUAGCUUGUCUUCUGCGCAGGCAGACACAGGCACCAGUCAAACAUAUUUUGUCUCCGAAUAUUCCCAUCCGCGCAGCGCAAACCGAAGCCGCACCUUCCGCGCUCAAAAACACACACCCACCCCCAUCUUUCCAACGCCAGCAUGCGCCCCAGCCUGGCACGCAAACAGCCACAGCAGCACCGACUCAGAAUACCACAGACCUGACCACCCACCCAAUCAUUCAGCUCCUCCGUCAGGAUCCGACACUUAAAGAGACCCGGCCGCAUCUCACAAUGCCAGCCAACUUACGGCCAUCGCACUUCGUCGCAGGAACGCUCUCUGGCGGAACGAAGCUCACCUCGCCGCCAUACAUGUUCCUAUCGCGACACACACCGUCUCAAACUGCGGAAGAAAGAUUGUCAACCGGGCCGCGCCAAAGCCGCGCCGUGACCGUCUUCCACACUGGCCGGGACAUGUGCGGACACCCUGGGUACGUGCACGGCGGGUUCUUAUCUGUCAUGUUCGAUGAGGUGUUUGCACAUUGCGUGUCGCAGUCUUUUCGGAGCGGAACAGGGAUGACGGCGAAUUUAAAUGUGGAUUACCGGAAGCCGGCGCUGCCGGACCGGGUUUACGUGCUGAGGGCAGAGACAGUCAAGGUUGAGGGGAGGAAGGCGUGGGUGGAGGGAGUGAUAAGGAUGAUGCCGGCAAAGAAGACGGCGAGUGAGGACGAGGCGGUGCUUGUUGCGGAGGGGAGGGCUUUGUUCAUUGAGCCCAAGUUCGCCGAGGUUGAAGAACUAGCAUUUCUAUCUAGAUAG